AGAUGAACUACGACAAAGUUGAGAUUUGAUGAGACCUACUUCGUUACUGAAAGUGAUCACUUAACUAUCAGUGACGAAACUGUAUGAGAAGUUCAGGAGACGCUAUACUACCCCUUUCAAUAUAUUAUUAUAUGAGAUUAUAAUGUGUGUAUUCAUAGGUUUGAUAAAAACAUUAGAAAGUUGUAGGGUUAGCGCUAUUCAUGACCCUUUUAUGAGAUCUAUGUGUAACCUUACGAAAAUGUUGUCGUUUUUUUUCUUUUUAGUCUCUAUGACUAUAUCAUAAUAAAUAUCGACAUCACUUAGCAACUUGCAUUUCUGGACUAAAAAAUGAAGGGUAAAGCCAUAUAUUGGUCACCGAGAUUACUAAAUCGUGUCAUGUUUAGUUACUAGAAAAAAUUAAUAUCAAUUUUGGUCACUCGAAUUACUGAAACAAGUCACGCUCCCAUUAGCCUCCGUCCAACUCCGGUCACUCGAAUUACUAAAACAUGUCAUAUUUUAGUCACUCGAAUUACUAAAACAGGUCACAUUUAGUCACUCUCCCAUUAGUUUCCGUCCAACUUCAUUAAUGGAAUUGGACGGAAACUAAUGGGAGAGUGACUAAAUGUGACCUGUUUCAGUAAUUCGAGUGACCAAAAUUGAUAUUAAUUUUUUUUAGUGACUAAACAUGACACAAUUUAGUAAUUUCAGUGACUAAAUGUGGCAUUUAUCCAAGAAAUAUGUAGGCACAGACAAAAACAAAAUUGAUUAGGAUUCUUGAUCUGUGAUUCAAUUAGUAAGUUUUUUCUUGGUACAGGAAAGUUCCACAUGGAAGUUGCCCAAAUCGCAUCACGAUGGGGAAUAAGAAAAGGACCAAAAAGAAGAUGAACGACCUUUGGGUUUCCUGAAAGGGUGCUUAAAAUGGAACCCUAGAUUUGGCUGAUUUGCAUUAUUUGGGAUAGGGACACGUGUCUAGUUGGACAAGUGGAGCUGCUUAUCUGGCUGGAUCUGAAAGGUGUUUGAUGAAGCUGCCAAAAGAAUGAGAGAGUGAGGUGGAAUUAUUUCUUAUUUUCGGUAUGUAAUAAAUAAAUGAAAGAGAUUUAGAUUUGGAUUAGGAAUAUUGUCCACCGCAUCAUGGAAUUGACAUCUCCUUUUUUAAUCUUUGCCCCACUCUCUUUUAGUUCUUGUAGUUCAAAUUGAGUAAUCGCAUACGGUUAGGGAAGUUAUCAGUAUAUGUCACUAAUAUUUCAAUAAGUAAUCUAUUUGAGGAUUGCAAGAUGUAAUCGCUAAGUGUAUUAUAAUCGGUGAUAGGAUAAUAAAUGUAUGGUAAUACAUUUUUACUAUAGGAAAAGUUUGUAGCAGUUAGGAUCAAUGGAUCUAGCUAAGUAUGAUAGGCUCAUCACGAGCCCAAUAUGACAGGUAUGGUUUAAAAUGGGUAAAUGACACAUUUGGUCACUGAGAUUACUAAAUUGUGUCAUGUAUAGUCACUAGAAAAAAUUAAUAUCAAUUUUGGUCACUCAAAUUACCGAAACUGGUCAAAUUUAGUCGGAAAAAAUCCCACUGUACACAUGUUUUGAAAAAAAAUUCUCAAAAUACACAUGUUAUGAAAAAAAUUCCCAAUCUACGCAUGUUUGGGCCUUCACCGCGUCUGACCAAGGCGGUGAUUGAAUCACCGCGUUAGACGAAAACGGUGAUUGCAUCACCGCGUUAGACAAAAACGGUGAUUGCAUCACCGCUGUAGAGGAAGGCGGUGAAUGCAUCACCGCGUUAGAGGAAAACGGUGAAGGUCUGACCUACGUCAAAUCUUUAAAAAAACGUAACUUUUUGCUCGGUUAUCCGAUCGUGAUGAAAUUUUUUUUUGAUUCCGCAUAAUUUUUCGAGAUCUUGCAAGCCGCAAACUGCCGUAGGCGGUUUGGUCCCGCCUUCGUCCCGAAAAAACGUCGUUUGCUACCCCGAACGAGCCUUUUUUCGAUUUCGCAAACUUUGGACGACCAUAACUUUGUGCUCCACAAUCCGAAAAUCAUGAAUUUUUUUUUGAUUUUGCAUAACUUUUUGAGGACUACAAGAAUAAUUCAAGAACCGUUUUUGUCUAACGCGGUGAUGCAAUCACCGUUUUCGUCUAACGCGGUGAUUCAAUCACCGCCUUGGUCAGACGCGGUGAAGGCCCAAACAUGCGUAGAUUGGGAAUUUUUUUCAUAACAUGUGUAUUUUGAGAAUUUUUUUUAAAAACAUGUGUACAGUGGGAUUUUUUCCAAUUUAGUCACUCUCCCGUCAGUUUCUGUCCAACUCCAUUAAUGUAGUUCGACGGAAACUUUUGGGAGAGUGACUAAAUGUGACAUGUUUCAGUAAUCCGAGUGACUAAAUGUGACAUUUUUCAAUAAUUCGAGUGACCGGAGUUGGACAGAGGCUAUAGAAGAGUGACCAAAUGUGACCUGUGUCAGUAAUUCGAGUGACCAAAAUUGAUAUUACAUUUUUCUAGUGACCAAAUAUGACAUGAUUUAGUAAUCUCAGUGACCAAAUGUGUCAUUUACCCGGUUUAAAAUGAAUCAAACACACAAUCUUGAUCAGUCUCGCGGCCUGAGAUCUCAUUGUAAGAUUAGGAAAUGGUAGGGGGAAAGCAGUCAAUUGUAAGGUCGAACAUAUCUAACUGUCAAAAUCUUGAUUGAAUCAUUCACUAAUUAAUGAUCUCUCGUUGUCCUCACAAAAGUAACUAUUCAUUAUUAUCUUUAGUUUUUUCAUUCUAAAAUUUCCUUUACUAAUUUGAUGGUCGAAAUUAACUUUUGAACUCCAACCAGUAAAGAACUUCUUGUUCUUGUGGAGCUAAUGCCUACCAAUAAUCCACCAAGAUGCUUCAUACCCAAAACAGAGCUACAUGCAAGGUGUAGAGCUAGAAGAUUGUAGAUGCAGAUUUCACGUGCAUGCAACAACUAUAAUUAUUUCCUUGAUUUCCAGUUUUCCACAACCAUAUCUGGAAAAAUGAAGUUAAAAGGAAAAGGACCUUUCUUAUUGCAUUUCAUUUUGAACAAAAAUUUAUGUGCUCAAUUCAUCCAAAAGGUCAAUGAAUGACCCAACAAUUUGGAAAUUUACAUUACCAACUACCCUUAUAUAAAAUAAUCAACCAAGCCACUUGUUCCAUUACAACUUGAUCCACCUCCCCAAUUUGCUUCUAAUUCAUCCAAAAUAUAAUUUUAAUAAUAAUUAUUAUAAUAGUAAUAAUAACCACAAUCAUUACAAAAAAUUUAAUUUUGUAAUCAAUAUUAAAUGUAAGAAUUUUUUGCCCAUUGGGAUCAUCACAAAAUUAAUUAAUAAAGGAAAUGUGGCCACCUUUUGUACCUUCCUGCAACUAAACCUUAACUUUUAUAAACUAGUUCAUCUAUUUCCUUGAUCUGAUCAAUACAAGAAUGGAGAAUGGAAUACAAUCAAUACAUGUAUGAAUACAUUAGUAUACCCAAUGAGACAAAAUUAUACAAGAUCUAGACUUGCUUACCUUUACACUACUACUAUAUAAGUUCUUGCUCAUUUGGCUCUAUGUUCCCAUUUCUUAGUAUUUUUAAAAUAGCCUCAACUCUUUCUACUCACCCUUAAGCAUCAUCAUCACAAUCAUUAUCUCCUCUGCCUUCAUUGCUCUGCCUGCUUCUGUUGCAGCUCCAUCAAUGGAGGAAGACAAUUGUUGCACAUCUCAAUUGCCAGCAGAAACGCAAGCACCAGCAAUGGAAGAAAGAGAUCCAGAGAGCAACAGCAGCACACUCCAGGAGCCACUCCUGAAGAGAAACAGAACACUCUCGUCAACCCCAUUGGCCAUUGUUGGAACCAAAGUGUCCCAUAUAGAGAGCUUAGAUUAUGAGAUCAAUGAGAAUGAUCUGUUCAAGCAUGACUGGAGGAGUAGAUCCAAAGUCCAAGUGCUGCAGUAUGUGUUCCUGAAAUGGUCACUCGCUUUCCUUGUGGGAGGCUUGACAGGUUUAAUUGCCACUCUCAUUAACCUUGCUGUGGAGAAUAUUGCUGGGUACAAGAUUCUGGCUGUUGUCAACUUGAUCAAGGAAGAAAGGUAUUUGACAGGGUUAGCGUUUAUGACUGGAGUCAAUCUGGUGUUGACAGCUUUUGCAGCUGUGUUGUGUGUGUUCUUUGCACCAACUGCAGCUGGACCUGGGAUCCCUGAGAUCAAAACUUAUCUUAAUGGGAUUGAUACACCAAACAUGUUUGGUGCCACUACUUUGCUUGUUAAGAUAUUUGGAAGCAUUGGAGCAGUCUCCGCAGGGCUAGACCUUGGCAAAGAAGGCCCUCUAGUCCACAUCGGCAGCUGCAUUGCCUCCCUGCUUGGACAAGGAGGCCCAGACAACUACCGCCUCAAGUGGCGAUGGCUUCGAUACUUCAACAACGACAGGGACAGACGAGACAUCAUAACCUGUGGAGCUUCAUCAGGUGUGUGUGCAGCUUUCAGGUCUCCAGUCGGUGGCGUGCUAUUCGCCCUCGAGGAAGUUGCCACCUGGUGGAGGAGUGCAUUGCUGUGGAGGACUUUCUUCAGCACGGCUGUGGUCGUGGUGAUCCUUAGAGCAUUCAUCGAGAUCUGCAAUUCAGGGCGAUGUGGACUGUUUGGGAGUGGUGGGUUGAUCAUGUUUGAUGUGAGCAGUGUGGAAGUGAGGUAUCAUGUGAUGGAUGUCAUACCAGUAGUAUUGAUUGGGGUCAUUGGUGGAGUUCUGGGGAGUCUGUACAAUUAUCUGCUUCACAAGGUGCUUAGGCUGUACAAUCUCAUCAACGAGAAAGGGAAGUUUCACAAGCUGCUCUUAGCCUUAACUGUCUCUAUCUUCACCUCAGUGUGUCUCUACUGCCUCCCAUUCCUAGCGAAAUGCCAGCCCUGCGACCCUUCUCUGCCUGAGACCUGCCCAACCAACACAAGGUCAGGCAACUUCAAGCAAUUUCACUGCCCAGAUGGACACUACAAUGACCUUGCAACUCUCCUUCUUACCACGAAUGAUGAUGCAGUGAGGAAUAUCUUCUCCACCAACACUCCAACCGAGUUUCAACCGAUGUCUCUCAUCAUUUUCUUCAUUCUGUACUGGAUUCUAGGACUGUUCACUUUUGGCAUUGCUGUACCUUCUGGCCUUUUCCUCCCGAUCAUCCUAAUGGGAUCCGCUUACGGCCGCCUGCUUGCACUCGCCAUGGGAUCUUACACCAAAAUCGACCAAGGCCUUUAUGCAGUUCUCGGUGCAGCUUCACUCAUGGCUGGAUCAAUGAGAAUGACGGUCUCCCUUUGUGUGAUUUUCCUCGAACUCACCAACAACCUCUUGUUGCUCCCCAUAACAAUGAUAGUGUUACUCAUAGCGAAAUCUGUAGGGGAUAGUUUCAAUCCAAGCAUAUACGACAUAAUCCUGGAGCUGAAAGGAUUGCCGUUCUUGGAUGCUAAUCCUGAGCCGUGGAUGAGAAACUUCACAGUUGCAGAGCUUGUUGAUGCCAAAGAGCCAGUAGUUACCUUAUGUGGAGUAGAGAAGGUAUCGAAGAUUGUUGAUGUGCUUAGAAACACAUCCCACCAUGGAUUUCCAGUUGUGGAUGAAGGAGUUGUGCCGCCAUUGGGAGUUGCAGCAGCAGGAGCAACUGAGAUACAUGGGCUGAUUCUAAGAGCUCAUCUGCUUCAAGUGUUGCAGAAGAAGUGGUUCCUGCAAGAGAAGAGAAGAACAGAUGAGUGGGAAGUAAGGGAAAAGUUCUCCUCGGUUGACCUGGCUGAGAGAGAAGGCAGGAUUGAAGAGGUGGCAGUUACCAGGGAAGAAAUGGAAAUGUACGUUGAUUUGCAUCCUCUAACCAAUUCAACUCCUUUCACAGUGGUUGAAAGCAUGUCAGUAGCAAAGGCAAUGGUGCUCUUCAGGCAAGUCGGGCUUCGGCAUUUGCUUGUGGUUCCUAAGUAUCAAGCUGCAGGGAUUCCUCCAGUGGUUGGCAUUCUGACUCGGCAGGAUUUGAGGGCACAUAACAUUUUGACAGCCUUCCCUCAUCUUGCAAGAUCCAAGAGCAGAGGAAAGCACAACUAAAACCUCAAAAUAUCGAGCUCUCAUUUCCUAAAUAAGAUUCCUAUUCUUUCAAUCAAUUUUUACAGGGGAU